AUGGGUGUUGUAGGGCAGUCUGAGGCUGUAUUGGGUGCUAUGCUUUUCUGGGUGUUUCUUGGUCCCCUGGCUUUGGUUGUGGGUGCUAGUGGUAGUGUUUUUUCUGAUCCUACCCUAUUGACUUGUGGCCCAGAAAGCUUCCAGCUCACCUUACCUCUGGGCUGGGAAGGGAAUGCUUCAUUAUUGCUGACUACUUGGGAUACUGAGGGGAAGGCACAUGCUCUGCAGAAUGACUCUGACUGUGGGCUGUUGGUAUCUGGGACUCCAGAUGGCUCCAGGAAAGUACUGGUUUCUUAUACUGGCUGUUAUAUCCUUGAAUGGGAUGGCCAUUACCUUCUACUGGUUGGACUUGAAGGAACAGAUGCCACUGGGCAAAAGGUUCUUCAUGAAGAGACGCUGCUCAGGUGCCCUGUGGACGUUCCUGCCCUAGAUGCUCCAAGCAGUGGUUUCUGUUCGGCCGUUCCCAGCCAGGACCGGCUGCCGUGUGCCUCCUUGCCUGUCAGCCAGGGAAACUGUGAAGCGCAAGGCUGCUGCUAUGACCCUAGAGACAGGGUAAAUCCUUGCUACUUUGGAAACACAGUGACAGCUCAUUGCACAGCAGAUGGCCAGUUUUCCAUUGCUGUUUCUCGGGAUGUGACCCUGCCACCCAUUGUCCUGGACUCGGUGCAACUGGCCAGUGGACACAGUACUGGCUGUGUUCCUACUGUGAAAAACAAUGCAUUUGUAGUGUACCGGUUCCCACUCUCUGCCUGUGGCACCACUGUUCAGGUGACUGGAGACCAGGCCAUAUAUGAGAAUGAGUUGGUGGCAUCCAGGGAUGUGAAGACUGCAAGCCUUGGCUCUGUCACUAGGGAUAGCACUUUCAGGUUACAUGUGCGAUGUAGUUAUUCCAUCAGUGGGAGCUCCAUUCCCUUGAGUGUUCAGGUCUUCACAUUGCCACCACUCCCUGCUGUGUCCCAGCCAGGUCCUCUGUCCUUGGAGCUGCGUGUUGCCUCAGAUGGAAGCUAUACUUCCUACUAUACUGACAGUGACUAUCCUGUUGUGAAGACUCUGAGAGACCCUGUUUAUGCAGAAGUCAAGGUCCUUCAGAGAACAGACCCAGACCUGAUUUUAGUUCUGCACCACUGCUGGGCCACACCAAGUACCAAUGCCCAGCAACAGAUGCAGUGGCCAGUUUUGGUGGAUGGGUGCCCUUAUGCAGGGGACAACUAUGAGACACAACUGGUACCUCUGAGUUUUGCCUCAGGACUACAGUUCCCCUCUCACUACCAGCGUUUCACCCUCUACACCUUCACCUUUGUGGACGCUGCUUCCCAAGAGAAGCUCUCUGGGCUGGUGUACCUUCACUGCAGUGCUUCAGUGUGCCACCGGUCUGUACAGGAAUCCUGCACCACCCCUUGUCCUGCUAGAGCCAGGGGUAAAAGGAGCACUGAGCAUCACUUUCAGGAAGGUGCCUCCCACGUCUCUAGCAAAGGCCCUGUGAUUUUCCUCCCGGAUGAGUUAAGAUGGGACACAGCGAAGGAUGGCCUUGGAGCAGCUGUGCACGCUGCAGCCCCCUGGGCUCUGGCCUUUGCUGCUGUGGGAAUUGGGGCAGUUCUGUGCAUGGUCCUCGUAGCUGUUGUGCUGUGGCAAAGGAAGGUGUCAGCAAGGUGUGAAAUCAAUGGAUUGCAAUAA